GUGGGGAUUACCGUGAUUGAUGGUCAUCUCACCUCCAAAGAAGCGACGAGACGAGGCUCGUAUGCUCUCCGGGUGCGUUUUUUCAUUCACUCGUGCGGCGUCUUUUCCCAGCGCGAGAUCGCUCAUCUACUUCAUCGAUCACCUCGUCGUCGGUCGUAUCGAUGAGGACCGAGUGAAAAUCUCGGCGUCCCACCGAAGGAUUUAGUCUUUUCCUAUUUUUUUGGAGCGAUUGAGGAAAAGUUUCCAGCGCUCCCUCACGGAGUCGGCGGACGCGAAGGAGCCGCCGGCGAGAGGCGCACUUGAUUCCGGUGGUCUUCCAAUAUGGCCUGGCCGUCAGCGAGGAGGUGAAGACAUCCGGACCUUCCUUCUUUCGUCGCCUCCUUCCAGCAACCGGUUGCCGAUUUUCUCGCGUGCUGUCCCGCAUGGCGUCCAGUCUGACGUGCACAGGGGCGGUGUGGGCGCUGCUGUCCCUGAUGUGCGCCGCCGCGUCCUGCGUGGGCUUCUUCAUGCCAUACUGGCUGCUGGGAUCUCAGAUGGACAAGCCGGUGUCUUUCGGGACCUUCCGUCGAUGCUCAUACCCGGUGCGCGACGAGGAGCGCCAGGCCACCGUCAUGCUGGAGCAGUGCGGUCGCUACGCUUCUUUCCAUGCCAUCCCUAGCCUGGAGUGGCGCAUCUGCACGGUGGUGACGGGCGUAGGCUGCGGCCUCCUCCUCUUGGUGGCGCUCACCGCUCUCAUGGGCUGCUGCAUCUCCGAGCUCAUCUCGCGUACCAUCGGUCGCGUGGCCGGGGGCAUCCAGUUCGUCGGAGGUUUGCUCAUCGGAUCGGGCUGCGCUCUUUACCCGCUGGGUUGGGACAGUGAGGAAGUGCAGCAGACGUGCAGCAACGCCUCCGACCAGUUUCAACUCGGUUCCUGCGAGAUUGGCUGGGCCUACUACUGCACAGGCGCCGGGGCGGCGGGCGCCAUGUUGCUUUGCACCUGGUUGUCAUGUUUCGCCGGCAAGAAGCAGAAGCAGUACCCGUACUGAAGCGCCCGGCGCUGGCUAGCAACCACGCUAGCUUCCACGAGGGACAAACCGCAGGGACGCUUUCAUAAUGCAACACUUUUGAGUACACGUGUGCAACGUUUCAAAAUAUUUUUGCUGUUCAGCCAUAGACACGUGUAUGUUUUUAUAACACGAUUUGACGAUAGUAAAUGAUUUAUCGUCAUGAUUGGCAAUUUUUAAUAAUCUAUCAUAAAUGUACUCAUCUCUAUAGUAGACGGUGUAUUCAGGCCACGCAAAGAAAAAUAGGCCUACAAGAAAAAAGUUGUAAUAUUACAAGAAAUUCUUGCGAUAUUACGAGAUUAAAGUAGAAGCACUACGUAAAAUUAAGAGAAAAAAGUUGUAAUGUCACGUCAUUGUAACCUAAUAUUACAUGAAGAAAAAUUCAAGAUGUUACGAAAUGUGGCGUAAUGACACGAGAUUUAAAGUCAUAAUACUACAUAACUUUACGUAAUAUUAGGAGAAAUUUGUUGCGCUGUCAUGUCAUUUUGCGUGAUAUUAAAUGGGGGAAAAAAAGUCAAUAUGUUACAAAAUUUGGCGGAAUAUUAUGAGAUUAGUCAUCAAAUAGAUUGGACGUCUAUCAAUGGCAGCCAAUGUACGAUGGAGCAUUAGGGCCACAGUCACAAAAAAAUUAUGGCCUACAAGAAGAAAGUCGGAAUACAAGAGAUUAAACUCCUAAUACUACGUAACUUUAGGUAAUAUUACGAGACGUCGUGCUGUUACAUCAGUUUAUGUAAUAAUAGAUGAAAGAAAGUCAAAAAAUGUCACUAAAAAUUUGGCAUAGUAUUACAAGAUUAAAGUCGUAAUACUACUUUACGUAACAUUAUGAGAAGCUGGGAUGUUACAUCAUUUUACGUAGUAUUACAUGAAAGAAAGUAAAAAAAAAAGGUACGAAAUUUGACGUAAUAUUAUGAGAUUAAAGUCGUAAUGCUAUGUAACUUUACAUAAUAUUACGAAAAGUUGUGACGUUACAUCAGUUUACGUAAUAUUGCAUGAAAGAAAGUCAAAAAAUGUUAUGAAAUUUGAUGUAAUAUUACGAGACGUAAUGCUACGUAACAUUACAUUACGAGAAGUUGUGACGUUACAUCAGUUUACGUAAUAUUACAUGAAAGAAAGUCAAAAAAUGUUAAGAAAUUUGACGUAAUAUUACGAGAUUAAUGUCGUAAUGCUAUGUAACUUUACGUAGUAUUACGAGAAGUUGGGAUGUUACAUCAUUUUAUGUAAUAUUACAUGAGAGAAUGUCAAAAAAUAUCAUGAAAUUUGACGUAAUAUUACGAGAUUAAAGUAGUAAUGCUACGUAACUUUACGUAAUAUUACGAGAAGUUGGGAUGUUACAUCAUUUUACGUAAUACUACAUGAGAAAAAGUCAAAAAAUGUUAUGAAAUUUGACGUAAAAUUACGAGAGUAAAGUUGUCCUCCCACUUUAUCUAUCGCUGUCAAAAGCAGCCAAUGUACGACGGAGUAAUAGGGCCACACAAAGAAAGAUAUGUUGUCCUACGAGAUAAUAUUACGACUUUAUCUCGUAAUAUUACAAGAAUAAAGUCAUAAAUUGCAAUAUUAUAAAAUUAUAGUCGUAAUAUUACGAGAUUAAAAUCAUAAUACUACAUACCUUUACGUAAUAUUUUGAAAAAGUUACAUAAUUUUAUGUAGUAUUACUACAUAAAAGUCAUCUUAUGCAAUAUUACGAGAUAAAAGUUGUUAUUUUACAUUUAUCUUUUUCGAAUGUGCGUGGAUGCAGCACAGCUCGUUUAGCUAAAUUAGCUGCUACGUACUUAACGUAGCGCCUCGCUGCCUUCGUUAAAACAAACAAUAUCGUUUUCCCAAAUAAGGAAAUCCUUCAUCUUGAGCAUAUUUAAAUGUAAUUUUAAAUACUUGUGCUCAUGCUUUACGUAGCGUUCAGCCAAAGUAAGCUAACUUAAAAUAACGUUAGCGAAAUUAGCCACUCUGCAUCCAUACGUGUUACGUACAUCUGUUUACAUGAUUAAAGUCAAUAUAUUACGUAUCUUUUUGGAAUAUAUGUGGAUGCAGUGUGGCAAAUUUUAGCUAAAUUAGCUGCUACGCUGUUAUAUAGCUACUAUUAGCUAUUACUGCUUCUACGUCGCUGCCUUCAUUAAAACUAACAAUAUUGAGGCUAUCUGUUUUUUUAGAAUCGCUUUCCCAAAUAUGGAAUUCCUUCCUCUUUCUUACAUCCACAUGAAAUGUUAAGAAUUUAUGCUAAUACUUCAUCGUAGCGCCCAGCCAAACUAAGCUAACUUAAAAUAACUUAACCUAAAUUAGCCACACUGCAUCCAUACAUUUUCUGCACAUCAUUUUACAAGAUUAAAGCCAUGAUAUUAUGUAUCUUUUCAGAAUACCAAUGAAUAAAGUGCAGCUAACUUAGCUGAAUUAGCUACUAUGCUAUUACAUAGCUACUAUUAGCUGUAACGACAUUGUCGCCUUUGUUAAAACAAACAAUAUUGAGAGCAUCCCAUAUAUUAGAAUCACUUUCCUAAUAAGAAAAUCCGUCAUCUUUACCACAUCUCUAUGGAAUUUUAAGUAUUUAUGCUAUUGGCCAUCGUAGCUCCCAUCGAAAGUACGCUAACUUAAGAUAACUUUAGCUAAAUUAGCCAUAUUGCAUCCAUACAUAUUAGUACAUCAUAAGGUCAUUUGACAAGAUUAAAGUGGAUAUAUACUAGUAUAUAUGGAUACAGUACGUUAUAGCUUUCCCAAAUCAGGAAUUUGUCAUCUUUCUUACAUCUACAUGAAAUUUCAAGUAUUUAUGCUAAUACUUCAUCGUAGCGCCCAGCCAAAGUAGGCUAACUUAAGAUAACUUUUAGUGAAAUUAGCCACACUGUAUCCAUAAAUAUCACGGAACAAAAAGAUAUGUAAUAUCACGACUUUAAUCUCAACGUAUUACGUAUAAUUCAGUAACAUUAGGUGUAAUAUUACACAUUUCUUUUUUCUUGUAAUAUCAUGAUUUACAUUAUUAGUUCGCGUAAUAUUUAGCUAAUUUAGCCGCACUGCAUCCUCACAUAUUACGUAAACAUAUGUAAUAUAACGAACUUUUAAUCUUGAAAUAUUACACCUUUAGCGAUCGAUAGUCCCAGUCACAAUAGAUUGGACAGCUAUCACUGUCAAUGGCGGUGAAACGUGAUGUCUCAAUGGCAGUCAUUAUGAGUGAAUGAGUGGACCAACUUGUUAUGCUUUAUUUAACAACUUCUUUCUCUUCAAUUGUUGUUUCUGUGUCCUGUUGUGAAUUCUUAAGUAAUAAAAAAAUAAUAAUAACCACUCCAAAAUGCAAUAAUCCCCCUCCCAUACGUUGUGUACGAUAUAUAUUUUCCAUAAUAAUGGCACGUUUUGUUUUUGUAUUCACUCCCCUUUUGACUGUUUUUAUAAAUAAACGUUGAUGGAAAAGUUGUGUUUGGUGAGAGCUGACAUUCCUGGAAAGCUUUUUCCCAUGACCUCCUGAUCCUCUUGAGGACCCGCGGGAGACUCCUCCCCCCCUUCCCGAUCAAUAAUGGAGGAUAAGGACAGGCUUGAGAAUCGAUGCGCUUUGUCCUGUGACCUUCAAUUUAUUUGCCUUUUGAGCCGGCGUCCAACUGCCGGAUUAUUAUGGCGAUAGGACUAUUUUUAGAUGCGUAUUUUCAGAAUAAAAUUGUAAUUUAGGGGGCGCUUUCGAGUCACUCUGUUUGCUCAGUCAAUGGGACAAAUGAACUAAAGUUCAUUCACCCUUUCACAUUAAAAUGGAUUGGACAACUAGUGCCAUCAAUGGCACUUAAAUAUGAGUACGUUGGUUUGAAAAAGUAUCUGAACCUUUUGGAAUUUCUCACUUUUCUGCAUAAAAUCACUAUCAAAUGUGAGCUGAUCUUUGUCAAUAUCACACAGAGGUAAAAACAUUGUCUGCUUUAACUAAUACCAUCCAAACAUUUAUAGGUUUUCAUAUGUCAAUGAGGAUAACAUGCACAAAAUGACAGAAAGGGGAAAAAUACGUAAGUGAACCCUCUGCCUAAGAAGACUUAAAGAGCAAUUGAAACCGAUUUUUACCAAACAAUUGAAGUCAGGUGUGUGCCCAAUCACUGAGGAGUGGUUUAAGACUGCCCUGCCCACUAUAAAACACACACCUGGUAAGAAUUGUCUUGAUGAGAAGCAUUGUCUGAUGUCAAGGGCAUAGGUUUGGUCUCAACAUUGGUAGGAACGAUGUGGCAUAACAUGCAUGUACACUUUUUGCUGGGGACGGGACAUUCUUAAUGAUCAAUGCAAAAUAAAUCUGUAUUGAUUUAUACUCACUUUAAUGUGUAUUGGUUCAGGCUACAAUUCAAACCUUUGUUUUAAAAAAUUACUGAAAGUGAUCCUCUACCUUAAAUACUUGUAGGCUCUAAUAAACCACAAUUGUUCUCUUGUACAUUGUACAUCUCUUGUAUGUUGUUAGAAACACAUACAAUGUUAAAUCUAUGGCAAUAUUUUAUAAUAUUUACUACAUAUUUUGACCGUUAGUUGGCGCCAUGGUUUGCGGGCUCGCAGUGAUGACGUCACUGGUAUCUUUCCAAAUUUGUAGCGUGUUCAACAAUUGCUUAUUGCUGCCUAAACUCGCGAAGUAAAAUGCCACGAUGCGCUGCUUUUGGAUGCAAUUUCCAGUCAAAUGGAAACAAGGGGAGUGAAGUGAGUGGUCAAGGUGGAAUUAUUAUUCUUAGUGAAUAAAUGCAUAAGUGGAAGCUUCUUCCCCUUUUUGGUCCCUGUACGCACGCAUCCAACCCACCACGCGUUACAACUGGCACCCGAACAUUUUUCCCGGAUCCUCAGUCAAGUAACGGAUCCGUCUAUUUCCUGGAUCGGCAAUAUUGGUUUAUUUUUUUGAUUCAUCGGUCCCACGGCGGCUUUUCGGAGCAGUCUAUUUUGUGGAAUCGGCGGCCUGAUCGCGGCUGCGACAUUGCCAUGGGAUCGGUCUAAUUCCUGGAUCUUCGAGUGAGUAAAAAACGCGGAUUUGGAUUACUAUUGCUAUCUUUUAUGUUGACUAUUCUUCGUGGAAGUUUUCCCCAAAUCAUACUAAAUCAUUAAAGCACUAUGGCACGCUACAGUGACGACAGUGACUCUGACGUGGACCUCACAACAAUGUUGGAGUUCGUCAGGGAACGCGUGUUUGCGUACUGCUGAGCUCCCGUGUGAAGAGUGGUCAAGGUGGAAAUAUUAUUUUUUGUGAAUAAAAUUUGCAUAGGUGGAAGCUUCUCCCCUUUUUGGUACUUUUAUACAUGUAUCCUACCUACCACACGUUACAAUGUACAAGACAUGGAUUACACAAGGUGUGCUCAUUGGCCUGUACUGUAUGUAAAGCACACGACAGCUCUGGAUGCUAACAAUCUACAUAAUUAUAUUGGGAUAAGUUUGAAAAC